AUGGCUCCUGGACUAUCUGCAGAUCUCCCCAUUCACUCGCACCCCGCAUCCAGUGGGGACGGCCCGAUUGACCAACCACGGUAUCCCACUCCACUGAAGCCCAGUGGUGCUUUGGAUGAGUUCGCAUUCGAAGAGACAACCCCAAUCAUUGGCCGCGAAUACCCCACCGUCAAUAUCGUCGAUGAUCUCCUGAACGCUCCCAACUCCGAUGAGCUGGUGCGCGACCUUGCUAUCACGAUCUCCCAGCGCGGCGUCGUCUUCUUCCGCGCCCAAACCAACCUCACCGACGACCUCCAGAAAGUCCUCAUCCAUCGACUAGGCCAACUAACCGGCAAACCCUCCACCUCCACCCUGCACAUCCACCCCCUGCUGAACAACACCAAUGAGUUCGGCACCGCAGAUGCUGAAAUCAGCACGAUCAGCUCUCUCGCCCGCAAGAAGAUGUUCGCCCACGAUCGCCAACCCGACCGCCGUCGCUAUGACUCAGCGCAAUGGCACUCCGAUAUCCAGUUUGAGCCGGCACCAGCUGACUACACCUCUCUCCGACUAACCCAGCUCCCCAAAACCGGUGGAGACACCCUCUGGGCAUCUGGGUACGAGCUCUACGACCGGUUUUCGAAAACGUACCAAAAGUUCUUCGAAGGCUUGACAGCGACGUUCGUGGGCGACGGCUUCAUCAAGGCAGCGGAGAGAAACCCCAAGGAGUAUAAGAUAUACACUCAACCUCGGGGAAGUCCGCUCAAUGUUGGGGAGGAUCUGGUGGCUGUUCAUCCGAUCGUGCGGACGAAUCCGGUGACCGGGUGGAAGAGUAUCUUUGCUUUGGGACCGUUCCCGAAGUAUAUCAAUGAGCUGAAUCAGAAUGAGUCGGAGGAGUUGUUGAAGAAGUUCAAGUCGAUUAUUAUCGAGAGUCACGAUCUGCAAGUCAGGUUCAAGUGGAAGAAUGAACAUGAUAUUGCUAUUUGGGAUAACCGUAGUGCUUUCCACACGGCUACUUUUGAUUAUGAAGGCCUUGGUGAGAGAUUCGGACACCGGGCGGUCGGUAUUGGAGAGAGGCCUUACCUUGACCCGAACAGCAAGUCCAGGACCGAAGCUCUGGCAGCUGAGGGCCUUCUUUGA